GACGGCCAAAGAUGGUGUCAAGUGCUAGUUGGUCGGUUCAACAGAGAAUUCUGCCGUACCCUUUUAGAAGCGUACAGCUCGAGACUGUCUGGGUGAAAUGUCCUUAUUGGCCUCACCCGUCACAAUUUGUUGAAGACUUGGGGCUUUUCGACGUAGUCCUGGUAGUCGUGCCACUUGAUGAUGACUGUCCCUCCAUUGGAAAUGUCGCUCUAGCGGUUCUGCCCGGGGGGCUAGAGCGAGUUCAUGCCGUGCUCGGUUCACCUCUUCAUCCACCAUUCAGCAGAGAAAACAUCGCCUGGUGGGAUACUUCGUGCAGGAGAAGGAUAACGGAUCUGGCCACACACAUUUAUGGCAGCUUCUGCAAAUGGUGGGUGAUCAAUGAGUUGUGGUACAUGGAUUAUGGAUUGAAUGCUGAAGUGCGUGCGUGGUUUCUUAAAAAUAUGGUAGAAGCCCAAAAAUCCUCACGCAGAUAUUUCCAUACUUCAUCUACUAGCUGAAGCGAGUUUCAGUCCCAAAGCAAACGGUUUCGCUCCUUCUUUUGAAGGACACCAGGAACACUGUAGACGUUUUUUGUACAGUAAAGAAUAUCGAG